CUGAUACUGAUCAAGAUAGGUCUCACUUCAGUAACACACAAAAUACAUUUUAGUCAGAGGAAGUGAUGGUUUUUACCAGAUGAGAUUCUGAGACAGUUACCGUAGUAACAAACCAGCAGCACAAAUACACACACGUUCACUCUGAAGAAGUGAGAGCAGCAGACGACAUGGACGAGCUCGAUUUGCUGCUGGAGGAGCUGGCUCUGAACCCAGGGGGUCUGCAGAGUGUCAGUGAGAACAGGAGCAAAGACACAGCUGCUGCAGAGGUGCCAGCUGCAGUUAAUUCAGCAUCAACCAAAAAAGGAAAAGUCUGCUCAAAUGUUUACAGUGACCUGCCUGCUCCUGUGGCUGCUUCCCCGACCCCCGACUCCCCCACUAAAGAACUGGAUGCUAUCCUGCAGGACAUGCUGGGUCUGGGACAAGAGGAUCCAGAGUCUUCAACGACCCCACCACCUCUGACACAAAAACUGUCCGUGAGAAAGAAAACGGAAUCUGGGCAGCAGGAGAAGAAGAAGGAGAAGAAGGAGAACAGCAGCAGAGCAGCGUCAGACGCUAACGCUUCGACCUCCAGCAGGAAGACAGAAACAAUAGAUGAGCUGCUCGGAGGGCUGAGCUCCGACCUGGAGAAGAUCGGCGUGCGCACCGUAGCCAAGGGCCACUGUGCGUCCUGCAACAAGACCAUUGUGGGAAAGAUGAUCACGGCGCUGGGUGAAGUGUGGCACCCUGAGCACUUUGUGUGUGUGGCGUGUAACACAGAGCUGAGCACCACAAGCUUCUUUGAGAGGGAGGGGCGGCCAUACUGCGACAAAGAUUACCAUCAGCUGUUCUCCCCACGCUGCGCCUACUGCAAGGGGCCCAUUGUGCAGAACAUCCUGACAGCUCUGGACCAGACUUGGCACCCCGACCACUUCUUCUGCACACACUGCGGAGGCCUGUUUGGACCCGACGGUUUCCUAGAAAAGGACGGGAAGCCGUAUUGCUACAAGGACUUCUACAACCUCUUCGCUCCAAAGUGCUCCGGCUGUGGGGAAUCAGUGAGGGAAAACUACCUGACUGCAGCCAAUGGCACCUGGCAUCCAGAGUGCUUCGUCUGCGCAGACUGUCUGAAGCCCUUCACUGACAGCUGCUUCAUGGAGCUGGGUGGCCGCCCCCUGUGCUCGCAGCACUUCCACUCCCGACAGGGCACGCUGUGCGGGAGCUGCGGGGAGCCCAUCACGGGCCGCUGCAUCUCCGCUCUGGAGCGCAAGUUCCACCCAGAGCACUUUGUGUGUGCCUUCUGUCUGCGGCAGCUCAGCCAAGGCAUCUUCAAGGAGCAGCAAGGGAAGCCAUACUGCUUGACUUGCUUCGACAAACUCUUUGUGUGAGCUGCACGACAUGAACAAAUAACGCAACAGAAAUCAAUCAGAGGCCUCACUGUGAUUGUUCAGAUUUAAAUGUCCCUAGUAUGAGUGAUACAUUAAAUAAGGCAACUAUAUCAUACGUUAGAAUGGGUUUGCAUUUGUACAGAGCAAUACCAGUUUAAUUUCUUCAGUACUUCAAUGCCAGGGGAGGACAUUUCUAUGAAUUACAAAUUAAGAGUCUUUAACAUGACAUGUGACGUAAAUUAUUAACAGAUAAUGUAAAAAUAUCCAGGACAAAAUGCUCACAUUGUAACAUAAUUAACGAUAUGUUGUAAAACAUGGGGGGAAACUCAUUUCCGAUGAUAAAAACAUUUUUCAUUUGUGAACUUUGGAUGGGUCUAUAAGGUGUGUUGCUGACACAUUUUUUAUAGGAUUUCAUAUAUCAUGAUCACAUAAAAUGUAUAAAUGGAGAAAGAAAAACACAGACGUGCCCUUUUAAUCUAUGGUUUCCAUUAAGGGAUGCUCAGGUUUGCCAUAAGCCUUGGCAGUGAGGAGAUGCUCUGGCAGUCUGCAGCAGUUUGUCAAGGGUUUGGACUAUGUGGCCUGAUAGCUUGUAUUGGCAGAGGCUGGCAUCGAACCGUCGUGCCAACCCCAGUUUCCUUUUACUCUGAUGUACCAACCUCUUCAAUCUCCACACAGGCUCCUUUAUAGACUGCAUGGAAGAUUAAUGAAGGUGGUGAGGGGAACAAAGGUGGUUUCAGAAGGAGUUCACAUCAAUGCAACUCUUCAGUGAUUUUAUUUAAAUGUUGAAGGAUGAAUCAGCCACAAAGUACAUUUAUUUUUGGUGACGCACGUUGCAUGUCUGGCCCUAUUUUAACUAAUUAAAGCUCAAAGAAAAAAGUUUGGAUGCAAGUCAGGGAAAGAUAUCUGCAGCACAGUUAGGAUGAUAUGUUUGUUUAAAAGUCUGCAGAAUCACAUCAUAAUAAAAUCAAUGUUUUGCACAAAUA